GCCACUUUCUAGUUUGACGCAUGCGCCUGAGUUCUCUGCAGGGCUCCUCUUCUGCCAGAUAGUGAGCACUCCUUGCCCCUCUCAUGGUGCCACAUAGUGAGCUGCCCCUCCAUGGCGGCAUCUGAGGGGUGUUAGAGGGGAGGCACCAAACUCAGGCACAGAUACCGCUGGACUUCUAGUUCGGAAUUGCACAAUGUCUUAACUCAUCUCCGUUCUGUAAAGUUGGGGGAAAUAAACAGUCUGACGCCGGUGGGGGCAGCAUCCACCCACCAUUCUCCAUCGCCGCUUCCAUCACUGCUCAGAUACCCUAGUGACAGGAGAAGGUCCCUUGGGUUCCUUUCUCCAUUCCUCAGGAGUUAUCAAGCUGGCGAUGUCGCGAGUACCCAGUCCCCCUCCCCCAGCUGAGAUGUCCAGUGGCCCUGUGGCAGAAAGCUGGUGCUAUACUCAGAUUAAAGUCGUAAAGUUUUCCUACAUGUGGACCAUCAACAAUUUUAGCUUUUGCCGAGAGGAGAUGGGAGAGGUGAUCAAGAGCUCAACCUUCUCUUCAGGCGCCAAUGAUAAACUCAAAUGGUGCUUGCGGGUUAAUCCCAAGGGACUGGAUGAGGAGAGUAAAGAUUAUCUAUCUCUCUACUUACUAUUGGUCAGUUGUCCAAAGAGUGAGGUGCGUGCCAAAUUCAAAUUCUCCAUUCUAAAUGCCAAAGGAGAAGAAACAAAGGCAAUGGAGAGUCAACGUGCCUACCGGUUUGUCCAGGGGAAGGACUGGGGCUUCAAGAAAUUUAUCCGCAGGGACUUUUUACUUGAUGAGGCCAAUGGCCUGCUUCCAGAUGACAAACUAACACUGUUCUGUGAGGUUAGUGUGGUGCAGGAUUCUGUCAACAUUUCCGGCCAGAACACAAUGAACAUGGUCAAAGUCCCAGAAUGCCGCCUUUCAGAUGAACUCGGAGGACUGUGGGAGAAUUCUCGUUUCACCGACUGCUGUCUCUGUGUGGCUGGUCAAGAAUUUCAGGCACACAAAGCCAUCCUGGCAGCGCGGUCUCCUGUGUUUAGCGCCAUGUUUGAACAUGAAAUGGAAGAGAGCAAAAAGAACCGUGUGGAGAUAAAAGACGUGGAACCGGAUGUGUUUAAAGAAAUGAUGUGUUUCAUCUACACGGGGAAAGCCUCCAACCUUGAUAAAAUGGCCGAUGAUUUAUUGGCUGCAGCAGACAAGUAUGCCCUGGAACGCCUGAAAGUGAUGUGCGAGGAAGCGCUGUGCAGUAACCUGUCGGUAGAAAAUGCAGCAGAAAUCCUGAUCUUGGCCGACUUACACAGCGCGGAUCAACUGAAAACACAGGCUGUGGACUUCAUCAAUUACCACGCCUCUGAUGUCAUGGAAACGUCGGGAUGGAAGUCUAUGGUGGUCUCUCACCCACACCUGGUAGCAGAAGCAUAUCGCUCACUAGCAUCCGCCCAAUGCCCCUUCCUGGGGCCUCCACGCAAACGCCUGAAGCAAUCCUAAAGCUCUUCAGUGGAAAACCCAACGUUUCUCCUGGAGCCACUCUACUUUUCCUCAAAGCAUGAGAGACAUUGGUGGGGGAGAUUGAUUGGAGGUUCCGGUCUUGACCUCCCCCGCGUUGUGCGAUCCGCCACCCUACUCCCCGUGCCGCGUUGGCUGGACCGAGCCUCCUCGCUGCCAUUUUUCCGAGUGAGGAGCAGGGGCCAUAGUGGAUGUGCCCUGAACUGCGGAAUAAAAUUGAAUAUUUUAUGGGUGGCCGACGUGUUUAAGACUGGGACUUUCCUGUUAUUUAUAAAGACAGAGCGCAGCUUUAAUUAGCCAGUUGCAUUUUUUCUGUCUCUUUGGACAUUGGAAAUAGAGAAAUUUAAGGGCUCAGCAUUUUCCGCACCUCCCCCCCCCCAAAAAAAAGGACAGAGUUGCAGACGGGCACAAUUUAUGCCAUUUACUCUGGGAUGUUUUACUUUAUUUGAUAUGCUUUUCUUAUUCCUUUCCCCCCCAUAACUUUUAUUUAA